AUGAGGCAACAACAAUCCAAUGUCUCCCAGUUGAAAGACUUCUUGGGAUACCUUGCGACAGUGAAAGACGAUCUUUCAAAUGUUACGGCCCCACCGUUCGUACUGUCGCCCAAAUCAGUCACUGAAAUACCAGCUUCGUGGGCAGAAAGGCACAAACUCUUCCUACAGCCGUCUUGUGAGGAGGACCCGGCGCAGCGAGCCUUUCUGGUCCUGAAGAACUUCCUAUGCAGCCUCAAGCGUCAAGUCUACCCAGAAGCCACCGCAGACUCCGACGGCGGCGCCAAGAAGCCUCUCAAUGCCUUUCUGGGCGAAUUGUUUCUCGGCACUUUCGAAGAACCCGAGACAGGCAGCAAGACGCAGCUGAUCAGCGAGCAGGUCUCCCAUCACCCUCCAGUAACCGCAUGCGUCCUGUACAACAAGCAGCAUCGCAUGUCAUCUUCGGGGUAUGUGGCCCAGGAAACCACGUUCAGUCCUACCAGUGGCGUGACCAUCAAACAGAUUGGCCAUGCGAUCAUACGCGAUGGAGUGCACGGAGAAAGCCACCUGAUGACGCUGCCGACCAUGAGCAUCAAGGGGUUGAUAAAGGGCCAACCGUAUCCUGAGUUGGAAGGGACGUGUUAUAUUUCGUCAAGUUCGGGCUUUCUUGCCACAAUUGACUUUGAGUGCAAGCGAACCAUGGGGUUUGGAAGUAAGAGGAAUAGCGUGCGCGCUGAGUUAAGCAACUUAAGGGGAGACAAGGAGAAACUGUACAAGAUCGAUGGUCAGUGGAAUGAUAGCUUAAAAGUGGUGGAUUGCGCGACGGGUCAAGUGGCCGAGGAGUUCCAUGUGGAUGGCAUUCCACUGACCGAGCUUAGCAUUAAGCCAGUAGAACAACAGGAUACGUGGGAGUCCAGGAGGGCUUGGGGAAAGGUGGCCGACGCCAUUCUUGCUAGCAAUCUACAAAGGGUUAAUGAUGAAAAAAAAGUCAUUGAAGAAGGCCAAAGGGCAAUGAGAGAAGCUGAAGCCGAAGGUGGAAUCGAGUGGCCGAGACUUUUCUUCAGGAACACGGAUCGGGACCAAGAGUUUGAGGUUUUGUCGAGAGGUAUUCCGGUGUCAGAGUCCCAAUCUCUAGAACAAGACCGAACAGCGGGGGUGUGGAAGUUCAUCGGCGUGUCUGAAGCGGAGGCUCUGCUAGAAGGCGGCAUUUACCACAAGGAGCUAGAACCCACCGGGCAGGUUCCCGGGAAAUAG